AUGGCUGAGCAUUUGGCGUCAAUUUUCGGCACAGAGAAGGACAAGGUGCACUGCUCGUUCUACCACAAGAUCGGGUCGUGCAGGCACGGCGACCGGUGCUCGCGGCGGCACGUGAAGCCGACAUACUCGCAGACAAUUCUGGUAUCGAACAUGUACAAGAACCCGUCGCUGAAGCCCGACUGCCAAUUGAAGGACGACGAAAUCCAGCAGCAUUUCGAGGACUUUUAUGAGGACAUGUUUCUGGAGCUGGCAAAGUACGGCGAGAUCGAGGAGCUGAAGGUGUGCGACAACGUCGGCGACCACCUUCUGGGCAACGUGUACGCCGUCGACUCGCUCAACAACCGGUACUACGGCGGGCUGCCGGUGUGGGCGGAGCUGUCGCCGGUGACGGAUUUCCGCGAAGCGUGCUGCCGGCAAUACGACAAUGGCGAGUGCAACCGUGGCGGAUACUGCAACUUUAUGCACAUCAGGAAGCCGUCGCGCUCGCUGGUCAAGUCGCUGUUUGACGGCCAGGAUCUGACCCUGCGCGAGAUGCGCCGCGUGGAGCGCGAGGAGCGUCGGAGACGCGAAUUUGAAGAUCGGCCGCCGCAGGCCGCCAGAUCGGACUCGCGCACGCCGUCACCGGCAUACCGCAGUGACCGGUACCGUCGGGAUUAG